AGCUAGUAGUGGCCGAUAAGUGAGCGCAAGCUACUAGCAGCUGCCGCGUCAUGGAGAACCCAUACACGAGCUUCUUCAAGAGCCACCCCCACCACCACCGCUACCACUACCACCCCGCGCCGUCUGCCGCCUACUCGCUCCCUUUCUUCCCUACACUGUCGCCUGCCCCGAUGGCGCCGCCGCCGUCUGCCCCGUCCUCGCCCCCGCUCCGGGAAGCCCUGCCCCUCCUCUCGCUCGCCCCCGCCUCGCGCGGUCUCACGCGACAAGUAGAGCAGCGCGGGCGGGCAGCGGUGGAUUCUGACGAGGACGCGGACGCGGAGGAAGAGGAGGUGGAGGGUCCCGCGAGUAGUAACCACGGCCAGCAGCGCUUGGGAGGGCUCUUCGCCGAUCUGAACGCCAAGGCGGCCCGCGACUCGAUGGACGCGGAGGCCACCGCCGGCUCCGGCUCCGCGGCGGGCGACGUAAUGGUGACGCUGCGCAUCGGCCUGCCGACGAAUAGCGCCGGCGCGGCAGACCUCGUCUCGGGGAUCUCGGGCGCCCGCAGGCAGGACGACGGCAUCGAGGAGGACGAUGGGAGGAAUGGUGCUGAGAACGGCGGCGGCGGGGAGGAGGACGAGGAGGCCGCGGCGCCGCCGCUAGGGUUCCCGUCGACGCCGAUCGGGCGGCUGAACAAGGGGCAAUACUGGAUCCCGACGCCGUCGCAGAUCCUCAUCGGGCCGACCCAGUUCUCCUGCCCCGUCUGUUUCAAGACCUUCAACCGAUACAACAACAUGCAGAUGCACAUGUGGGGCCACGGGUCGCAGUACCGCAAGGGCCCGGAGUCGCUGCGCGGCAUCCAGCCGACGGCGAUGCUGCGGCUGCCGUGCUACUGCUGCGCGCCGGGGUGCCGCAACAACAUUGACCACCCGCGCGCUAAGCCGCUCAAGGACUUCCGCACGCUGCAGACGCACUACAAGCGCAAGCACGGGCUGAAGCCCUUCCUGUGCCGCCGCUGCGGCAAGGCCUUCGCCGUCAAGGGAGACUGGCGCACGCACGAGAAGAACUGCGGCAGGCUCUGGUACUGCCUCUGCGGCUCCGAGUUCAAGCACAAGCGCUCGCUCAAGGACCACGCCCGCGCCUUCGGCCACGGACACGGCGCCGUCGGCGGCGGCGGAUGCAGCGGCCUUGACGAGGACGAGGACGGGGCCGUCUCGGAUGUCGAACACGACGGCGCCGCGGCGGUGGCCAGGCCGAUGCGAUCGAUUGAUUGAACGAGCUCUCUCACCUGCUGAUCGAUCAUAUGUACACACAGACCAUAUGAGAGGCCAGGCCAGCCUGUGCACGUACGUGCAAAACAAUAUGUGUUGUACUAUAAAGAGUUGAGAUGAUCUUUUAUUUCAUUGCUGCUGUUCUUUUCUCU